GUCCGUUCAUCAUUCGUGACAGCGUGACAGCCCUAAACGCUAGCUACGGAGAGGGUAGCUCCGCUUGGCUCUGGGAAAAGUAAGGCUGAAGGUGCAUAGUGCAGCGAAAAGAGAAAAGCUCUUGUUGCUACGGUGCCCUCCGAGAGUCAACGACACACAAGGGCACACGUGAAGCCCCGGAAAAGGAGUCAUUAUGGCGCUUAGCUCGCUCCCUCGGUUCUUGAUAGUCCUGGUCUUGGCGGCUGCCGCGAUGAUGCAGGCAGCGACAACGACAACGACAUCCAGUGCCGUGGACGUGUGCACGAAUAGCGGCCUUGCUUGUGCCGAGGACACCGUGUGCUCUGCAUGCAGGGAGACCGCGAGCUCGAAUACGGACGGUUUCGAGCAGUGCAUCGCCAACUACGUCUACUCAGCAUCGAUUUGCACCAACCAAGCGGCCCAGGCGUGCUGUCAGGCCGAGGCAUCAUCCACCGACUGCCUCGCGAACGAGUUCUACGUGGCCUACUACGACUGUCGCCUCGUCAACGACGUAGUAGGGGAGGAGUGCACGGGACUGUCAUGCGCAGCCGUGGGGACCCCGGGGCCGACUCCAGUGGGCGGCGUUGUCGACCCCACCAUGUCGGCUACGGUCGUGGAUGACGACCUUACGGUAACGGAUGCCGACUGGGCGGCGCGAACGGUUCCUCUUGGCGUCAAGAACACCGCUGUCGCCGCUGUGUUUGCGACGGCCGGACUUUUGGUGGCUUUGCCUGGUGCCCUGGUCUAGUUGAGAGCGUGUGCUCACGCUUAUUAGUAAUUGCCCUUUCGCGUUGUGUGUGGGUACCCUCGUUGGUCGACUUGUCCUUUAAAAACUAAAAAUUGGUGCCUUUUGACGCUAUUUUAUGUGUAUGCCUCGUUGGUGUCAUGCUUGAGUUUUCAGCCCCGAUUCCUUUGUCUUAGCAUCUACGGUAAUUGUCUUUUGCGUUUUGUGUGGGCACCCUCGUUGUUCGACUUGUUGGGGAAAGAAAAGGAAUUUCGGUGCCUUUGACGCUUUUUGUAUGCCUCGUUGUGGUCGGUAGGGCGUCACAGCUAGGGCAACUAACUGUAGUGUACCACCAGAUUGAUUGAGAACAAUCGCUUUUUUUUGUGUACAACGAGUCUUUCGUUCCGAAAGCAUCAGCAUUGGAGCAAGAGGCUCUUGCAGUCGCUUGGGCUGGUGUUGAUUUUGUUUCGGCCGAUCAACCGCGCCACUCUGAGGUUGAUGAUUUUGACGCCCGCGGUAGGUUUGAGAAUCACUGCCGACGAGCCUUUCCCCCUACGCGUUGGCACGGCACAGACUGUACUCUCCUGGCACUUAUACGGGUUUCACACUUACCUCGCGCAUGCAUAGGAGGGAUGAACUUUGGGCAACGCUGGAGGGCCUGAGUGGCGGCUGAUAGUGCCGAGCGUUGUGGGUGUGAGCGUAUGCGCCUACCUUUAGGUGUUGAGUCUAACUGUUUACGUGCCUUUUGUGUGAGUAUCUGUCUCCUCCUUAUCGUGUUGAACAGCAGCGUGGUUCUUCACCCUCCCCUUUUGGGGAGGCUUUGGGUGCGGAGGAUUGUAAAAGUAGAUCGUGCGCCAAGUCGCGCAUAUGGCUUGGAAGAUCGUAGGUGCUCCAGCAGCCAACGGGGGCUCAGAGUUGCUGCUGCUCUCUUUGUGUUAAGUGUCAAAAAAUGUCCCUCGCUCCGCUUGAUUCCAGUUAUUCCAUCCACUUUAUUGUAGUCGCAUGAACCCUAGUUGAUAAAGUCCAAACUUUAGUAGUGCAUUUUGUUGAGGGCAUACACAUGGUGAAGGUUGUGUGUGUGGCGGGGGGUUCGCCCCGUCCCCCCAGGAAAACGCUGACGGACGCCAGCACGUUCCUCUGAGAAGCAACGGCGAAGUCUCUGCUUGGUUGUAGUUUACCAUCCGUGCGUCUUGUUGACGUGGUCAGUUCGUUGUGUACGUCUUUCAGACUAGGACUGUUGGUUUUGACAUCCAGGAUGACGCCUUUGUGGUCGAAGUGUAUGUCAUGUGUACGCGUCGUUUCAUGGUUUCUGGCGGCGUACACGGCAGAAAGCAACGCACGGCCUGCGUGCCUGCCUGGGGGGUGGUGCAAACAGGAACGGCGUGCGAAAUCGGGCUGUUCACUGUUCCUGUCCACCUACCGGUUGCUUCGAGGCACGGUCGCCUUUGACUUUGUCCUCUACCUGCCUGUACGCCGGAGGAUCAGAAUUAGACGAGAUACAUCCCUAGGUCUUGUAGGACAUGGUAUGCGUACCACGUUGUGUAUCGCCCUACAAGGCACGUCUGUGGCUUCGGAUCCCGAGAAUGUUCGUGCUAAAACUCUGCGGCUUUAAUUCGUGAGUAUUUUUCGUUCGUGCAGACCUCUACGGCGUUGGUUGUGGGGCUUUCCUUGCUAGGCUAGACUUUGUUUUUGAAUUUCAGCGCUCAAUUCUGCUGCUUUGAUUCUUGAGUACACUCGUGCUGGACUCUUUGCCUUUGAUUCCGAGGAAAAGUUUGGUGCUGAAUACGAACAGACGUACGCUUGCUGCAUACAGUCUGAGCGGAGAGAAGAGGACCGUGC